CAGGCUGGGCUGAAGGCACAAGGUUUCAUCUGUGGGGAUCUCUUACCUCACCCUGCAUCAGACAGAGUCUCAGGCUGUGGCUCCUGGUGUGCAUGUAUCAUGGGAAGCAGGUGCUGGCUCCUGCUCUUGGGUCUCAGUGUCUUGUUGACUCUGUCAGGAUCAGAAGCUAAGAACUCUAGAGCCUGCUGUCCUCAAUGCCCUGAGCAUGCUGUCUGCUAUAACAGCACCCACUGUGCCUGUGAGGAUGGAUUCCAGACCAGGUCUGGGAGGAGACACUUUUACAGCUCCUAUGACACAUGUGAAGAUGUUGAUGAGUAUGAGGCUGGGAUGUCAAAGUGCAAGUAUAUAGUAUCUUGUAAGCACAAAAUUGGAACUAGCACCUGCAAUUGUGCUAUGAAGUAUCCUUACUUCAACUGGGUGGCUGGUUUGGUUGAUAUUGAUCAUGCAAAUUGUGAUGUGAAGAGUAGUGAAGAGACGCAGAUACAUGCAAAUAUUGAGGAAAAUCUGAACAAGAAUGGAAACAGAAAAGGCAUUGCAAGAAAGGCUACCCAAUUCCUCCAAAGAGUGCAUCUGAGUGUCUCGAUUGUGAGUUCUGCUUCUUCAGAAACAGAAAACAAGAGUGAAAAGACAAAGUCACAAGUGAAUGUUUGGGAAAAUCUGAGGAAGACUAAAAGAAGAAGGGACUUUGCAAGAAGUGCCACCCUCCUACUUCAAACAGUGGAAUUGAGUAUCUGGAAUGAGAGUUCUUCUUCUCCAGGAAAAGGUCAAAAUUCUGAAUUUGGUACAGUCUAUGAAACCAGGAGGUGCAAUGAGACAAGUGAGAAGGCUCUUCUGGAAGCUGGAAAUAAUACUAUGAGUAUCAACUGCACUCAUGCUUUCAAGGGAGCCACAACAGGUAAAAGUGUGGUUUGUCUUAUCACUUAUCUUGAAGAUAUUCUGAAUGGAUCCUUUUUUAAUAACAAAAUAGGAAUGCAAGAAGUAAAACUAAACUCUCAUAUUGUGAGUGCCACCAUUGGCUUGAAGGAAAAAGUUUACCUGCCUGAACCUAUAGUCCUGACUUUUCAAAAUACUCAGCCUGGAGGUGCAAGAACAAAACACAUAUGUGUCUCCUGGGAAGGAUUGCAGGAAGAGGGAGGCAGAUGGUCCACAGAGGGCUGCUCUCAUGUGUACAGUGACAAUUCUCACACCCAAUGCAAGUGCUACCACCUGGCCAGCUUUGCUGUCCUUAUGGGACUUACCCACAAGGAGGAUCCUGCGCUGACUGUGAUCACCCAUGUGGGGCUGACCAUGUCUGUGCUGUGCCUCUUCCUGGCAGCCCUCACCUUUCUCCUGUGCCGGCCCAUCCAAAACACUAGCACCACCCUGCACCUGCAACUCUCUCUCUGCCUGCUCCUGGCCCACCUCCUCUUCCUCACAGGCAUCAACAGAACUGAGCCUCAGGUGCUGUGCUCCUUCAUUGCAGGACUUCUGCACUACCUCUACCUGGCCGCCUUCACCUGGAUGUUCCUUGAGGGACUGCACCUCUUCCUCACUGUCAGGAAUCUCAAGGUGGCCAACUACACCAGCAUGGGCCGGUUCAAGAAGAGGUUCAUGUACCCUGUAGGCUACGGGAUCCCGGCUGUGAUUGUCACUGUGUCUGCAAUGAUUGGACCCCAAAAUUAUGGAACAUACACUCACUGUUGGCUCAAGCUUGAUAAAGGAUUCAUCUGGAGCUUCAUGGGGCCAGUGGGAGUCAUUAUCUUGAUAAACCUAGUUUUCUACUUCCAAAUUCUGUGGAUUUUGAGAAGAAAACUUUCUUCCCUCAAUAAAGAAGUUUCCACAAUUCAGGACACCAGAGUCAUGACGUUUAAAGCCAUUGCUCAGCUAUUUGUACUGGGAUGUUCUUGGAGCCUUGGCUUCUUUAUGGUUGAAGAAGUAGGGGAGACAGUGCGCUUGGUCACCAGCUACUUAUUCACCAUCAUCAACAUCCUGCAAGGGGUGCUGCUCUUUGUGGUGCAUUGCCUUCUCAAUCGCCAGGUGCUAAUGGAAUACAAGAAAUGGUUUACUGGGAUGUGGAAAGGGGUAAAAACUGAAAGCACUGAGAUGUCUCAGACUACCAUCCACACCAAAGAGGAAGGACCAGAAAAGUCAUCAGAAUUCACUCAGAGAAGAGACACCACCUGGACCCAACCACAGCCUCAAACUCAUCUUGUCUCUGCUUCUUGGUUAAGGAAGGAGAACUGACAUGUUCAUUGAUGGUGCUCCACUGUGGUCAGAUAUAGAUUGGAAAAAAUGCUACCAUUUCUACCUUUUCCUGCAAAAUGUCUGGGUAUAUUUGCCUAUUUUGGCUUUUGAUCUCCAUAAAAAGAACAGGACAUGCAGAAGAAUACUCAGAUCCAGAAUCCAAUCCUUUGGCAUGUGUGUUCGUGUGCAAAGGAUGCCUUUUAAUGAUGAAAGGCAAAAGUGGAUUUUCUUCUUGCUGCUAUAGCCACCUUGCUUAAUACUCAUCUGCCAGCAUCUGGAUUCAGCUC